AUGAGGUGGUUACUGUUCUUUGGGGCCCUUGUUGGGUCAGGCAUCUGUGGCCGAGAUAAAUUCUUUGGGGACCAAGUUUUUAGGAUUAAUGUCAGAAAUGGAGACGAGAUCAGAAAACUGACUCAGCUAGUGAAUUCAGACCGCUUUAAGCUCAAUGUCUGGAAAUCUCCCUCCACUUUUGAUCGGCCGGUGGAUAUCCUUGUCCCCUCAGUCAGCCUGCUGCCAGUCAAGUCCUUCCUGAAGUCUCAGGGCUUAGACUACUCAGUGACAAUUGAAGACCUACAGGCCCUUUUAGAUAACGAAGAUGAAGAAAUGCAGCACAGUGAAGGGCAAGAGCGGAGUGGGGAUAACUUCAACUACGGCUCUUACCAUUCCUUGGAAGCUAUUUACCACGAGAUGGACAGUAUUGCCACAGAUUUCCCUGACCUGGCAAGCCGAGUGAAGAUUGGAGAGACAUUUGAAAAGCGGCCUAUGUAUGUUCUGAAGUUCAGCACGGGAGGAGGCAAGAAGAGACCGGCCAUUUGGCUGAAUGCAGGCAUCCAUUCCCGUGAGUGGAUCUCACAGGCCACGGCUAUCUGGACGGCGAGGAAGAUUGUGACUGAUUACCAAAAGGACCCAGCUGUCACCUCCAUCUUGGAGAAAGUGGAUAUUUUCUUGUUGCCUGUGGCCAAUCCUGAUGGAUAUGUGUACACGCAAACCCACAACCGAUUAUGGAGGAAGACACGGUCCCGGAACCCAGGAAGCCGCUGCAUUGGUGCUGAUCCAAACAGAAACUGGAACGCAAGCUUCGCAGGAGAAGGGGCCAGUGAUAACCCUUGCUCUGAAGUGUACCAUGGCUCCCACCCCAAUUCUGAAGUGGAGGUGAAGUCGGUGGUGGAUUUUAUUCAGAAGCAUGGGGAUUUCAAAUGCUUCAUUGACCUGCAUAGCUACUCACAGCUGCUGAUGUAUCCCUAUGGGUACACAGUCAAGAAGGCCCCGGAUGCUGAGGAGCUGGAUGACGUGGCGAGGAGUGCAGCCAAAGCCCUGGCUUCCCACUCGGGCACUAAGUACCAAGUAGGACCGACUUGCACCACUGUCUAUCCAGCCAGCGGGAGCAGCAUUGACUGGGCAUAUGACAAUGGCAUUAAGUAUGCAUUCACAUUUGAGCUGAGAGACACCGGGCACUAUGGCUUCCUUUUGCCAGCCAGCCAGAUCAUCCCCACUGCGGAGGAGACCUGGCUAGGACUGAAGACCAUCAUGGAGCAUGUGCGGGACAACCUCUACUAGUCAAAGAGAGCGCUCUUAUUUCACCCAUAAGCCACCACUGAGGCCACUGUUAAAGAAGAUCACUUCUUCACGCAUGGGCCAGAGCCUUCCGGGCUGGUAGGGAACUUAGCUGACUCCUCUUCAGCACUGCUCCCUAGAGAUCACACAUCCUGGAGGUGGACCUGUGAAGAGUGCUUGCAUCAGUGUGGUGUUUGGUCCUGCUGUUCUGCUGAGCCUUCGGUAUGCCUCUCUACCCAUGCAUGAUUGGGCAGGCUACAUUCACGGUCAUUACUUCCUGGUGGCAUAUGGCUACCUCACUUUUAGGACAUGUCUGAUGGCUCUCUAGUCUCUACAUUUAGCCAAGUCAGGGAUCUGGCUCUGGUGGGGAACUCUGGGAGCUGCUGGGGGAGACGAUUCUAAUCUUUAGAACUCCUUUUAUUUUCUCUCUUUCUGACAUGUUUUCCUUUUAGAUAAGGUCUUACUAUGUUGCCAAUGCUGGCUUAAAACUCCUGGGGUCAAACAAUGAUCCUUCCUACCCCAGUCUCUCCAGCAGUGGUACCCAGCUCUUUCUAUCCCGCUUAUUAUUCCUACUCCUAUUAUUAUUAUUAUUAUUAUUAUUAUUAUUAUUACUGAGACAGGGUCUCUCCAUGUAGCCAUGGUUGUCCUGGAACUUGCUAUGUAGACCAAUCUGGCCUCAAACUUACAGAGAUCCCCCUGGCUCUGCCUCCAGAGUACACUAAAGGGAUUAAAGACGGGCAUCACCACACCUGGCUCCUCUUAAUUAUUUUUUUCGGCUUGACUACACAGUGGAGCUCUUGUCCCUCACAAGGCUCAGUGUUCAGAUGAUGCCCGUUCUUUUUACCCCCUUCUCUUUGUAUUUGGCGUUACUGGGAUCCUCGAGAGGGUCAGUUACCCUAUAGGUGAAGCAGGAUCAGGGAUGAAAUGGCGGCUAGACUGCAGGACUACUCGAUUAGCACCAUCUGUUUGUCGGCCUCGUUUCUACUCUGCCUUUUGAACUCACUUCAAAGAUCUUGCCCUCACCUCACAGGCCCUAAAUCAUCCCUAUGGCCUGGAUAAUCUCAGGGCCUCAGGACAUUCCAGCUUGGGCUCUGCUGUCCCUGUGUUUCAGCCUCCCGGUUUAUUCCUCCUGUGUUUAAAGUCACCUUCUAUUUUGCAUCCUGGACCCUGAGUUCCUACCUGGAACAAGACUCCAUCCUCAGCCAGACACCUCCUGAGCUCUGCUUAGCACAUACCAUCUGCCCCGUUUGUGUUGUGGGUUUUGUUUUUGUGUUUUUCUUCCCCCUGUUUUCAAUCAUGUCUGUAAAUCUUAACCCUCUGCCUAGGAUUUGGGCAGCAUCUGGUGUGUCCUCAUAAGCCAAUAAAUAUUCAA